ACUGAGGGACACAGAAUUGUUACUGAGGGACACAGAAUCGUUACUCAGGGACACAGAAUCGUUACUCAGGGACAAAGAAUCGUUACUCAGGGACACAGAAUUGUUACUGAGGGACACAGAAUUGUUACUGAGGGACACAGAAAUUGUUACUCAGGGACAGACACAGAAUUGUUACUCAGGAACAGACACAGAAUUGUUACUGAGGGACACAGAAUUGUUACUGAGGGACACAGAAUUGUUACUCAGGACAGACACAGAAUUGGCCGAGGAGGGCAAUGUUUAGGGGGAAACAAAACGUGGGCAGAAAGAGGGGGGGCCCGAGGCCCCACUAUCGCAGCCAGAGGCCGUGCCCCCCGGUGUCAUCCAGGGGUUUCCGUGCCUCCCCCAAACAACCCUGCCGUCAUCGUUUGGGGUUGGGCCGGUCGUCUUCCUUUUUUCCCCAGGUCCCUCUGCACCAAACCCCAAAACGGUCGGGGGGUACGUCAGACACAACCUUUUUAUUUGGGCAGGGCCCCGGGGGAGCAACCCCCACUGAAAUCACGUUUCCUCAAACCUGCCCCUGUCCUUUGGUUUUCCCCAUCACCAAGCAAAGUUUCGCAUGCUGUGGGUCAGCCCCCACUGUACAGUGGGGAAAGGGAGCUAAAAAGAGGGCGGUCAGGAACGGGGGGGAGACUCCUCCCUCUUCACACCGGGCGAAGAAAGACGGCGUAAGGGUGGCUCGGAAACCGGU